AUGGCUGGAAACACUCUGCAAAAUAUGUUGGCAGAGUUUCCGGAAUGGAGAGAGCAUAUAAUCAUAGCCGAGAUCACUUUACUUCAUAAUCAAUUGACGGACUUUUACCCUGCCGUUCUUGACGAAGCUCUUCGGCUUUUGCAUCAAAUGGUUGUCACAUGGAAAUCCGCAGCACUGCAGGAGAAGAAGAAAGAGCAAGAAAAGGAGAACAACGAGCAUUCCAAUCACAUUACUCCACCACUCUAUGUGCUGAAUUAUGCUUCGGUUCUUCACGCAGUAGAGGGUUUUGCUCUUGUGAUGUUAUGUCAAAUUAGGUAAGU